AAAGGAAAUCACAUCAGAGUUCUUCAACUUCGAUUCUCUCUCUAACAUUUCAAAUGCUCUGACCAUAUCUCUCUGCAUAUAUAAGUUAAGUUUAACUAUACAUUAGUAUAUAGAAAGAUAUGGCAAUGGAAGGUGGUAAAUCUCCGUAUAGUGCGGCGGCGUCUGAGGUCCAGCAGAAUCAAUCAUCGCCUCGGAAAUCAACGCCUCCACCAGACAAUGUAGAGAAGGAAACCCAUCUUAGGUUCCUUCUAUCAAAUGCUGAAGCUGGUUCUGUAAUAGGAAAAGGUGGUUCAACUAUCAAUGAUAUACAGUCACAAUCUGGAGCGCGCAUCCAGUUGUCACGCAAUUUUGAGUGUUUUCCUGGCACGUCUGACAGGAUUAUCAUGGUUUCCGGAACAGUUGAUAACAUAUUAAAUGCAGUCAAUCUCAUCCUCUCCAAAUUGCUGGAUGAGUUUUAUGCCGAGGAUGGUGGUGAAGUUGAUCCUGAAUCGAAAACUAGACUGGUUGUGCCCAACAGCUCUUGUGGUGGAAUAAUUGGGAAAGGUGGAGCCAUCAUAAGGUCGCUGAUGGAAGACUCCAGAGCUAGUAUUAAGAUAUCUCCCCAGGACAAUUACUACCCCGGUUUGCAUGAUAGGCUAGUCACGGUGGCUGGUGCUUUAGGCGAACAAAUGCGGGCGAUUGAGUUAAUCCUCCUGAAACUGGUAGAGGAUCAGUACUACCAUCAGUAUGCAAAUGCCCCGUUUCCUUAUGCAGCAUUUGGUGGGGUGAACUAUGGACCAAAUGGAGUCGGAGGGAAGUAUCAGAACAACAGGUCCACCCCAAUCAAGGAAGAUAGAAGCAGUUCUGUGACUAUUGGCAUUGCGGAUGAGCAUAUUGGGAUAGUUGUUGGUCGUGGUGGAAGGAAUAUUAUGGAGAUGAGUCAGCUUAGCGGAGCUAGGAUAAAGAUAUCUGAGAGGGGCGAUUUCAUGUCUGGCACAUCAGAUAGGAAAGUUACCAUCACGGGAUCUCAAAGAGCAAUCCGUUUGGCCGAGUCCAUGAUCUCGCAGAAAGUCGCUUCUGUACGGAGCGGUGAUGGAGAAGCCUGAUCUUGUUACGAUAUUCUCUUUCUCAAAGACCUGGAAUUUUGCUCAGCAUUUCGCAACUCCUCGAAUUUGCCUGUAUCUUUUUAAGGUAAAACUAAGAGAAUUUGAUACAAGGGAGGAUGAACGGAAAUUGUACUUUAAUGAGCGUUGCACUACCUACACUGGUGGCAGGGAAUGCGUCCUCAAGUACACGUUACGCGAGGCAAACAAAGUUGAUUCCGCUGAGCAAAUUAUGAGACUUUAGUUUGCCGUGCCUGCAUACUGUUGAAUAUGUUACGGCUGAGCUAUAUAUUCACUAAACAUUAGGCUUGACAUAAAAAUUUUUGAGAAUGAUUUCAACUUAUUCUUAUGUGCUUCGUUCUCUGGCAGUUUUGUCUGGCGUAAGGAGUAGCUAGACAAUCACAUAUUGAUUGCUUAUGAGCAGCGUCUUUCCUCCAUUUUCAGUCUGCGGUUUUCUCACACUGAGUCGUGCUGUGUACAAGCAUCGUCAUUCCUUUUAACA